AUGCCUGUUGAUAAAAACGUCUUUGCCCUCCUUGGGCGGAACAUUGUCGGUCGCAACGAUGGAGGAUUUCCCGUUGAAGACUACAGGUCGUUUUUUGGUUGCAGCGUGGAUGUGACAUUCGAAGCGUGGUGCUUUGCUUUGGGCGCUCAUGUUCUUGAAGACCUAUUCAAAGGAGAGGGUGCAUUGCAAGCUGGCUGGUAUUCGAAGCAGGCCUACCUUUCGAAAGUGGGUGAAAUACGUCCUCCAGCGUUUGACUGCGUAUUAUCCGGAGCUGAUGACCGUGGCAGGACUUGUCUGUUGUCGUUGGAUGGAACGGAUUACCGCAUCAAUGAGCCCAUGGAUGAUGAAGAAUUUGAGUACUACAAAGAUGGAAAGCGCUUGCCAUUCAACCCAAAAUGGUAUACGAAGAAGUUCAAUGGCCCCGGUGUGCGGUAUGAGAUAGCAAUCUGCAUUCAGACGGGCAAAAUCUGCUGGGCAUAUGGUCCCUUCCCCUGUGGCAAAUGGUCUGAUUCGAGAAUCUUUCAGCACAAUCUACAGCAUCAGCUUGGAGAGAAUGAGAUGGUUGAAGCCGACGGAGGAUAUGCUGGUUUGCCUUUCGAUGUACGCACUCCCAAUGAUAGCUUGAACGACGAUGACAAGAGAGCCAAGGGGCAGGUCCGCGCCCGCCAUGAGGCCAUCAAUCGCCGCCUCAAGCAGUGGGGAGUACUUGGCCAGAAGUUUCGCCAUGAGCUGGGCUUCCACAAGACCUGCUUCCGUGCUGUGGUCAUGAUGACCCAGUUGUCCAUCCUCGAUGGCGAGGCUGUCACCUUUGGUGUUGACUAUUAG